AUGGGCUGGGUAUUCGGUGCUUCACCGGAGAUCGACGCCCAGUCCCGGUAUCCCGUCCUUCUGGGAGUGUGCAUCAGCCUGACUCUCUUGAUGGUCGCCACAGUUUGCCUGCGACUGUUCGUGCGCAUCAAACUUGGGCGAUUCGACGCUUCCGACUAUGUGAUGGUGUUUGGCAUGAUCUUCAGCAUCAUUUACAAUGCUCUUUGUAUAGCCCCCAGACCUCCCCACGUACACAAAGGCACGACUCGCCCGCUCACAGUCGAUGAACUACUCAACUACGCCGGUCGGCCAUUCUACCAACUCGGAAUCGCCGGUUUCAAAGCCGCACUGUGCAUCAACUACCUGCAUCUGCUCGCAAAGACGUCCAAGCGCUUCUACCGCAUGUUGGUCUGGGGGGUGAUCUUACUGACGACCUUGGGACAUGUGGCUGGCACACUGGUUCUGAUCCUAAACUGCAAGCCGAUCGAGCGAGCCUGGAAUCAGACCAUUCCUGGUAAAUGUCUUCCGGUAGGCCCGACCUUCUACGGUCUUGCAGCCUUUACGAUCAUAUCCGAUGUGUCCGUCAUCUUCCUGCCGAUUCCAUUGCUGCUCCAGUUGAACGUGAAACCGGCGCAGAAGGCCGGAGUCGUGUGCUUGUUCCUGCUGGGGCUGUUCACUACCAUCUGCUCCAUUCUCCGCUUAACUCAGAUCAAUCGCGUGGUGGCCAUCGAUGGGGAUUCGACUAUGUUAGUCCUGUGGGGCACAAUCGAAUUCAACGUCGGGGUGAGUUGGACGUCAAGCGCAAAGAUUGAGCGUGAUCUGACCGAUGUCCAGAAUAUCGUUACCUCUCUUCCCUUCCUCAUGCCCCUUCUCAAGGUAUGGGUCCGCGACUUUCAAUCCCGCAGUGGCGGCGAGCAUCGUAAGAACACCGGUUACACAUUGCAGUCAUACUCCAAGAAUCGACGGUCGCAAUUGAGAUCGGAAAACUCCAAGGAGCCAGUCCUUGCGCAACGAACGCCUGGCGAGGAGCUAAUCCUCGACGCCGACGAUUCCAGUGCUCGAGCGAACGCCGAGAUCCACGUCACGGUCGAGUACCGCGUCUCACACGAGAACCAUAAAUGA